AUCGGUUCUAGAGCUUAGAAACAGCAGAGUCUGACCACAUUAGGUUACCAUGACUUCUCUUCAGCUUAUACAAUCUCAAUAGCUGAACACCGUUAAGUGUUAAAUGUCAACCACCUCCCCACCUCCCUCUCUUUUCAAUAAGUCUAGGAAAAUCUCUCCUAAAGCUGAUGGACUUUGGCUACAAAACACUGCAUGUCUUCACUGAACAGCUCAGGCUCCACACUAGAAAGAAAGGUUAAAAUCUAGAAGAAUAACUGACAUCCAGUGACGGUGUGCUGGGGGUCCGUUGCACCCAAACAUUGGGAUUUUUUCUUGCAGGAAGCUUGGAAAUUGGAAAGGAUUGCCGUGACUCCCGAUGUGGUGCUAUAUACUUUUGUUCGCCAUGAUUUGGGCCAUUGGGUGGUUUCUACGGGACAGGCAGACAAUAUCAAGAUUCUCAGACAAACAUGUCUUCAUCACUGGUUGUGAUACAGGCUUUGGGAAUUUGCUGGCCAAGCGACUGAGCAGGAAGGGCUUCCAGGUCCUGGCAGGUUGCCUCACGCAAGCAGGGGCAGAUGAGCUUCAGAAAGCUUGUCCUGUGGGGUUAAAGUCUACACUACUUGAUGUUACCAACCCAGACAGCAUCAGAAGUGCGGUGGCAUGGGUAACAUCUGAGGUGGGAGUCAAAGGUCUUUAUGGGCUAGUCAACAAUGCUGGCAUUGCCAAUCCUAUAGGACCCACUGAAUGGAUGACAGUACAGGACUACAGGAAAGUCAUGGAAGUUAACACAUUUGGGACAAUUGCUGUGACGCUAGACUUUCUGCCACUAAUUAAGAAGGCACAAGGACGUAUUGUGAAUAUGGCCAGUAUUCUUGGGAGGCUUUCAGCCAAUGGAGGUGGAUACUGUGUGUCGAAAUAUGCGGUGGAGGCAUUCUCAGACAGCCUGAGACGAGACAUGCAGCACUUCGGAGUCAAGGUCUGCAUAAUAGAACCUGGCUUCUUUAAGACCGCGGUGACAAAUUUGGAUUCUAUUGAGAGAUCCCUGCAGCAGCUUUGGGACCGCAUGACCCCUGAAACACAGAGAAGCUAUGGAGAGAACUAUUUUAAAAAGUAUCUUAAAGUGCAAAGACUGAUCAUGAAUUUCAUCUGUGAUGCUGACAUCUCCAAAGUGCCAAAGUGCAUUGAGCAUGCUUUACAAGCAACAUACCCCCGCACAAGAUACAGCCCAGGCUGGGACGCCAAGUUAGUCUGGCUACCUGCCUCUUAUAUGCCAGCCUUUAUAGUGGAUGCAGUGCUAGGUUUUGUCCUCCCCAAACCAGAACAGAAAGUCCACUAGCAACUAGCCUUGACCCAAGAUGGAGGGGAUCGUUAAUAUGAGCCAUGUAGGGUGAAACAUUUACAUUCACAGGUGACACCGUUAGUUACACAAAAUAAGCCUAUAGAAGUUCACCUGCAAGAAGAUCCAUUCUAG